UCACUUCAAGCUCGUACGACAGAAAUACCUCUCUCAUCACCAUCAUCAUCACUUCUUUGCUCUUGUUCUUUUAUCCAAAAUGGCUCGUGCUCCAGUUUCUCGUCAAUCAAUCUUCAAUUUGAUGAAAUUGAGUCAUUCAGCCGGUUGUCCUUGUCAUGGUUGUAGUUCAUUACGUAAUGCUGCAACGUCUUCCGUUCGUGCGGGAUUGAACAUGGUUGCAGGUCACAACGUCCAAGCAGGUUCAACGAAACGUGGUUAUGCAACUCCAGUAGAUGAAAGUUUACAAAAGGAGUAUGCUUUUGAGUUAGCUGCAAGUAACAUUCGAUUCGGUGAAGGCGUAACAAAGGAAAUUGGAAUGGAUUUUAAGAACUUAAGAGCAAGAAAGGUUGGUGUUUUUACCGACUCAACGAUUCGUGAUUUAACACCGAUGAAACAAUCCAUUCAAGGCUUAGAAGCUCAAGGAAUUCCAUAUGAAAUCUUUGAUCGUACUCGUGUUGAACCAAAUGACGAAAGUUGGGCAGACGCAAUCGGAUUCGCACGUCAACAUGAUUUCAGUCAUUUCCUUGCUGUAGGAGGUGGUUCGGUUAUGGAUACGGCAAAAGUUGCAAAUUUGUUCACAUGCUACCCCGAAACAGAUCUCUUGGAAUUCGUCAACGCACCAAUCGGAAAGGGAACUCCCAUCGAUAAACAAUUGAGACCCUUGAUUGCUAUCCCGACAACUGCAGGAACAGGAUCUGAAACGACGGGAACUGCCAUCUUUGAUCACAAGGCUACAUCUGCAAAGACUGGUAUCGCAAGUCGUGCAUUGCGUCCUAUGUUGGGUAUCGUUGAUCCUCUCAACACAGAAACAUGCCCGGUCUCGGUCCAUGUCAGUGCCGGUCUUGAUGUUCUGUUCCAUGCCUUGGAGAGUUACACAGCAAUUCCCUACUUUGAACGUACGCCUAGACCACAAAAUCCUCUUCAACGACCUGCUUAUCAAGGAAGCAACCCAAUCUCCGAUGUGUUCUCCUUGUGGGCAUUAAAGCAAACGGUGAAAUAUUUACCUCGGGUAAAACGUGAUCCGAUGGGAGAUAAAGAAGCAAGAGGUCAAAUGCUUCUUGCGGCAACGUUUGCGGGAAUUGGAUUUGGUAAUGCAGGUGUUCAUCUUUGUCAUGGAAUCAGUUAUCCUAUCUCUGGAUUGAAUAAAUCAACGGCAAAAUACACUUUCCCAGGAUACAAAGUCGAUCAUCCUUUGAUCCCUCACGGAUUGAGCGUUUGUCUUACAGGACCAGCAGUGUUUGAAUUUACUGCACCAUCCUCGCCCGAUCGCCAUCGUGAGAUUGCAGCAAUCUUUGGAGGGGAAGAAGAAUCUAGUGCGAUUCAAAGAUUACCCGAUGCAGAGGUUGGUAAAUUGGUGUACGAUCGUAUCGCACGAUUCUUGGGAGAAGUGUUAGAAAUGCCUCGUGGUUUAUCGGCAAUCGGUUAUCGUAACGAACAUAUUCCCGCUUUGGUAAAAGGAUCAAUUCCGCAAAGACGGGUUUUGGACUUGGCUCCCGGUAUUGGGGAUGUGCAAGGCAGUGAUGGAUCAUCUCAUUUGACAUCCAUCAUCGAACGCAGUAUGAGUUAUUAAUGUGUAUGACAAUGCGAUGCUUGAAGAAUAUGAUACAAAUUGUACACGAUUGAUAAAU